AUGACGUUUGGCAAGUUUGUCGGGCCUGGCUUCAUGGUGUCCGUUGCAUAUAUCGAUCCCGGCAACUACUCUACCGACAUCGCCGCAGGCUCCUCGUACCGCUUCAAGCUCCUCUUCGUCGUCCUGCUCAGCAACCUCUUCGCCAUCCUGCUCCAGAGCCUGGCCAUCCAGCUGGGCACCGUCACGGGGCUGGAUCUGGCGUCGGCGUGCCGCGCCUACCUGCCGCGAUGGCUCAAUUACUUUCUCUACGCGCUGGCCGAAGUUGCCAUUAUCGCUACUGAUAUUGCCGAGGUCAUUGGCACGGCCAUUGCGCUCAACCUCCUCAUCCCCAAGCUGCCCCUCGUCGCCGGCUGCGCCCUCUCCAUCCUCGACGUCAUGGCCAUCCUCGUCUUCUACCGCCCCGACGGCUCCAUGAAGGGCCUCCGCGUCUUCGAGUUCUUCGUCUUGCUGCUGGUCCUCGGCGUCGUCAUCUGCUUCUGCAUCCAGCUCUCCCUCAUCAAGCACACCAGCGUCGGCGAGGUCCUCAAGGGCUACAUCCCCUCCGGCGCCAUCGUGCAGUCCAACGGCCUCUACCAGGCCUGCGGCAUCCUCGGCGCCACCGUCAUGCCGCACAGCCUGUACCUGGGCUCCGGCAUCGUCAUGCCCCGGCUCAAGGACUACGACGAGAAGCACGGCCUCAUGCCGUCCCCGGAGCAGCCCGUGUCGGCCGCCUCGUCCACCAUCGACGGGAGCUACGAUAAGGUCGUCUACAUCCCCUCCCUCCAGGCCAUCCGGCACUGCCUCAAGUACUCCGUCACCGAGCUGGCGCUGUCGCUCUUCACCUUUGCCCUCUUCGUCAACUCGUCCAUCCUCAUCGUCGCCGGCGCCUCGCUCUACGGCAACCCGGACGCCCUCGACACCGACAUCUUCGGCAUCCACAAGCUGCUCUCCCGGAGCAUCUCGUCCGGCGCCGGCACCAUCUUCGCCCUGGCCCUGCUCCUGUCGGGCGUCUCCGCCGGCAUCGUGUGCACCAUUGCCGGCCAGAUGGUCAGCGAGGGCGCCCUGCGCUGGAAGAUGAAGCCCUGGCUGCGGCGCCUCUGCACGCGCUCCCUCAGCAUCACCCCGUCCAUCAUCAUUGCCGGCGCCGUCGGGCAGAGGGGGCUCGACACGGCCCUCAACGCCUCGCAGGUCGUGCUCAGCACCGUGCUGCCGUUCGUCACGUUCCCGCUCAUCUACUUUACCGCCCGGAGCAGAUACAUGACGGUGCGGCCCGGCCGAGCGCGGCUGCACGUCGAGUCGAGGGAACAAGAAGAAGACGGCCGGCCAGGCGACGAGCCGGGAACCGACAUGUCCAACGGCUGGGUGCUCAUCAUCGUCAGCGCCCUCGUCUGGCUGCUCAUUGCGGUGAUGAAUGUUGCCAACCUGGUGCUGUUGGGGCUGGGCAAUGCAUGA